CUGCACUGUAAGUGACUGACCUGCCACAAUGCCAGCUGUUAAAGUCUCCUGGAUUAUGUUCAUCUGCAACUUUAUUACAUCUUAGAAACUAAAUCAGAGUUUUUAGUUUUUUUUUUUUGACAAAUCUUAGUCUUCAAACUAAUUUCAGAGAUGCUGCAAAAUGACACAUCUGUGAUGAUGGGGUUCCUUGAGAGUACCGCAGAAUCAAUUUGGGGGAACAACUCUAGGAAUAACACCUCUACAGACUCACCUGGCAUUGCCAUCUUCAUUUCCUUUGUGUACUCUAUAGUUUGCAUUGUAGGAUUGUGCGGUAACUCUAUGGUCAUCUAUGUAAUUUUGCGAUAUGCCAAGAUGAAGACUGCUACUAAUAUCUACAUUUUAAACUUGGCCAUUGCAGAUGAACUUCUUAUGCUGAGUGUGCCUUUUCUGGUGACCUCUACCCUUCUACGUCACUGGCCAUUUGGCUCACUGCUUUGUAGACUGGUUCUCAGCUUGGAUGCCAUGAACAUGUUUACCAGUGUCUACUGUUUGGCUGUUCUCAGUUUGGACCGAUACGUGGCAGUGGUACAUCCCAUCAGUGCGGCCCGCUACCGACGACCGAGUGUGGCAAAAAUGGUGAAUCUUGGGGUCUGGCUCUUCUCAAUGCUCAUCAUCCUGCCUAUUGUAAUAUUCUCUAGCACUGCACCGAAUAGUGAUGGGACAGUGGCUUGCAACGUACAUAUGCCAGAGCCCUCACAGCGGUGGGUUGUGGUCUUUGUUCUCUACACCUUCCUGAUGGGCUUUCUUCUGCCAAUGGCUGCCAUCUGCCUAUGCUAUAUUCUCAUCAUUACAAAAAUGAGAGUUGUAGCGCUUAAAGCUGGUUGGCAGCAGCGACGUAGAUCAGAGCGUAAACUAACUCUCAUGGUGACUGUAGUGGUGACAGUUUUUGUGGUUUGUUGGAUGCCUUUUUAUGUAGUACAACUAGUGGGUGUUUUUGCCAGCAGGGGGGAUUCAACAGUCAGCCAACUUUCUGUUGCACUUGGCUAUGCCAACAGUUGUGCCAACCCUUUCUUGUACGGUGUUCUGUCAGACAAUUUUAGACGGUCUUUCCAGAAGGUCUUAUGCCUUAGCUGGAUGGAAAAUGCCACAGAGGAACCGGUAGACUAUUAUGCAACUGCAUUAAAAAGUAGGGCAUACAGUGCUGAGGAUCUACAGAAUGGCAUGUUGACAACAGGCAGCACCUAUCGAAAUGGAACUUGCAGCUCUCGGACCCACUAGAAUUAACUUGUGUGUUUGGUAGAUUGGUUCACUUCUAAAUAUUUUACAUUUCUGGAUUUGUGCAAUGUUUGGGACAUUGACCAUUCUGAAUAAUGGUCUUGGAUGGGGAAGUACUAAUAGUUUAAUAUGUUGUUUUUUGUCGAAAGCCCAUGUACAAUGAAAUUGUAAAUUAUGUUCCCAAGCCAUUGGCUCUACAGGGGUAUGUUUGGUAUCCUGACCAUGUGGCAUAAUAACCCAUCCUUAUUCUGUCAGCAUCACAAUGAACUGCAGGAUUGAACUCAAUCGAUUGUACUUUGAUGAUUACAAUGUAGCCAGACGGCAACCAAAUGACUUCAGCUGAACGUAUGACUUUUAUCAAUGACUGGUCAUGUGUUUCUACUAUAUUCCAUUGUAUCUUGAUAAUGACAACCUCAUCUUACACUGUAUACUGAUGCUUUUAUUUCACUUUCUUGUUUCUCCUGGUUACAUUCACUGUGUAUUUUUAGCACAUCCGUAUUGCUUUUGUUCUAUUAUGUAUGUGUCAAAAGGGGGUUUUGAUCAUUCCUGCAAUUCAAACAAUUUUCAUUGGAAUCUCCCAUGGAUGUCCUUUGGUCUCAUUCUCUAAUUUUCUGCCUUUAUUUUGUAAAACAUUGGUAAAAAAAAAAAACUUACAAAAACAAAACAAAAAAGGUUUUCUAAAACCGAGACUUAGACAUGCACAAUUCUGCAAUCCUUCAAUUCUGCUGCUAUUUGAGCAAAUUUGUGCAAUUUGCUUUCUUUUGGUGCUUUCCAAUAGAACAUGAAGAAAAUGUAUUUGUCUGUAAAGUCACUGUUGGUGAUUCUAUUGUGCCUCUUACAAUGUGCCAAACCAAGUACCCCCCCCCACCCCCAGUGGUUGUGUUUUACUAGUGUUUGCACCAAUGGUACCAUAAGAGGUUUUGUGGAACCUUAUUUAUGAAAAACCUUAUUUAUGCAAAAAUCCUGCCAUAAAUUCUCUCACUGGAUUGUAGUGCAACUUCUUCAGGAACCACAGAAUAAUAAAACACAUUCAUUAACAUUUUAUUUCGUGUGAGGUCU